GACUCCUGCCAGGACACUUACACGCUCGGCGACUGGGAGGACUGGGGCGCCUGCACGGACAUCUCCUGCGGGAUCGGCCGCAGGCAGCGCAGGAGGUCCACGUGCGAGCGAUCGAAGGACGAGGGGUGCAAAGGCACCCUGGCAGAGUUGCAGCCCUGCAGCACCAACGGGACGGUGGAGACUUCUCGGAGGCUGCAUCAGUCCUACGGGGACGAAGAGUGCCCGACCCCGCAGGAUUGCGCCUGGGGCGACUGGGACGAGUGGAGCGAAUGCUCCUGCUCCUGUAACGGCGGGCACCACUACCGGACCAGAGAGGUCGUGGCGAUGCCGAGCCACGGGGGCAGGGCCUGCGAGGCCCUCAGCAGCGAGCAG